CAGUUUAAAAGACAGAGAAGGGAGAUGCGAGAAUUUAUUUACAGGAGGAGCAUUGAAGAUAGGGAUAACACACUUCUCGAGAAGAAAAAAUUAGUGAAAGAAUCUGUUGAUGAAUCUAAACCCAUCCCCACGAACUUGAGAAAGGAGGCCAUAGAUGUUUUUAAGAGUCUGGAUUGGGAAGACGAAGGCGGCGAAGGUGUAACAACACAAGAAGAUAACGAGUAUAAAUGGGCUGGAGUUGCCGACCCCAAAAUUAUUGUCACCACGUCAAGGGACCCUGGAUCCAGGCUGAAGCAGUUUGCAAAAGAAAUCAGGUUGAUGUUUCCAAACUCAAAGAGAAUAAACAGAGGAAACCAUGACAUGAAGACUUUGAUGGCUGCAUUGCGGGCCAAUGAUUACUCUGAUUUGAUUAUUCUCUCUGAAACAAGGGGCAGUCCUGACCAAAUGAUCGUCUGCCACCUGCCGUACGGACCUACGGCCUACUUCAACCUCUCAAACGUCGUCAUGAGGCACGAUAUCCCUGAUGUUGGGAAGAUGUCCGAGGAGUACCCACUGCUUAUGUUCGAUAGCAUCACUUCUAACUUGGGGGAAAGGGUGAAGGACAUAUUGAGGUAUCUAUUUCCGGUUGCAAAGGACGAUAGCAAGAGAAUUAUAAGUUUCACCUCGCUAGAUGGCACCUACAUCUCAUUUAGACACCACAUCAGCAAGAAAGUUGAUAAGAAGUUCAGCAUCUCUGAAAUAGGACCAAGAUUUGAAAUGAAACUGUACAAAAUAAUCAGGGGGACAGUGGAUGUAGAAGAUUCCUGCGACGUAGAGUACCAACUAAGUACUUAUAUGAGGACUGCCAAGUUCAAAGUACCGUUGUGGAAGAAAUAA